CUCCUGGCCGCCACCCCCCGACCCCCGCACCGCCCCCCCACCUUACGCGCCCCCGCUCCCUCCAGACGCUCACGACGCGCCCUCAGUAACUGGGCCGCCCCACGACGUCGCCGACUAUAGCCUAAGAUAUCGUCCCUCAUUUCGCGACCGCUACGCUCCCCCACGCGAACACACAACCGCUCCCCGCGCUAGUCGUCUAUUCCGCAGCACCUCCGUUACGACUCUCCCCGACCCACGCGUCGCCGCCGCCUGCGAUAGAUAUCCCAACCAGCGCGCGCCCCACUUCCACUCGCGAUCCUUCCCUCCGCACCCGCGCCCUUCCGCCCACGUCUGUCUCGUCCUCUCAGCGCCGUCACUCGCCGCUGUCGGCACGCCCGACGCCCCAGCUUAUUCCCACCUCCCUCCGCCACCUCCCACCUCCGACUCCCUCCCCCACUCUACCUCGCCCGCCGCCACGCCCCGCCACCGACCCACGCCCGCCGCACACCGGCCGAUCCUCUCCACGACUAACGCGAGCGCCCAACCCCUCCGCUACCCGCUCGUCCCCACCCUCUCUCACUCACCCGCGUCGCCCUCGCGCAACAGCCGCGAGCCCCCCGUGAGCGCCAUCCGCCACGCCCCGCUCCCAGAGAAACACUCCUCGGCGCCCAGCCCCAUCGGACCAUCUCGCCAGCAACGCUCCCGCACUAGACCCACGCGCCCGCGCUCGCCACAGCGACCCGCCCCUCCACACCCCCGCGCGCGCCCCUCGGCCCACAACCGACUCCGAGCCCCCCCUACCACCACCCCCUGUACACCACGCUGCCCGAGCGCAGUGAAUCCGUCCGUCCCGCUAUCGCCCCCCCACGGCGAGCCGCCUUCCGUCGCCCACCCGCGCCCCGCCACCCGCCGCACCUUUUCGAUCGCCCCGUCUCAAUCCCACCAGAGCGACGAAGCGCACCCCCACGGUCUCGUCAUCAGAGCACAGUCCCAGACCAAACCCCCGACCCCCGGGCAGUCAGACCAAACGUCCAUCCGUCGCGCCGCCCCCCAGACUGCGGGACCCAGCCAAACCCCGCUCCCAGCAAAGCCCCCGGCGACUCACCGCUUGAGCGACCCCCGAACCGCCCCCCCGCCCGCGUCCGCGAACCCGCGCCGUCAGUACCCGACGCCCGCGCGGCGCGCCAAAGCGUCUCCCCGCUACCGCCCCACCAUCUUGCACACGCCCAGCAGCAUCAACCCACACUCUCCGCGCCCCGCCCACCCGCCCGCCCCCCGAAGUCCGCGCUUCCACGGCGCAGCCGCCGCGGUCGCCACCCUGACCCACUCCGACCACGCACAAGCCCCCCGCCCCGCCGCACCGCCGCCGGCCCACGACGCACACGCCACCACCCCCCCGGCACCACUACGUGCAGUCCCCUCGCCCCCCCCAACUCGUCCACCCGCCAUACCCGCCCGCGCGCCGCUCCCGCCGCGCGAACAGCACCGCGCCCACGCCGUUCACCAUCCGCGCCCGUCCGAGCAACGUCUCCCGUCGCAGCGUGCCCCAGUGCGCCCUCACCCCAGCGUCACGCCAGUAAGCGUGUCCCCUCGCCAGACGCCGGGGGACCACCCCGUAGAGUCCCACGGCCCGGCGUCGCCCUCGUACAGGGCCCAGCCAAGAUCUUCGGCGAAAGAGCCGCCUCGGCGGAGCGUCCUACACCGUGGCCGGGCGUCAGACAGAAAGCUCCGGCCCGCUUCAGACGUGGUGCCUCGUGACGGCUCCCCCGUCCCGCGGGCGCCGUCCCCGUCUCCCGGCGUCGCGUCCGUCCGUCACGCGCAGCCCACGCCCGCCGCCCCGCCGGGCCGCCAGUCCGCCCCCGCUCCUCGGGGCGGUUGCUCGUUCACGCCGCGAGCCGGAAGCGUACCCCCGCGCGGGCCAGUGGACACUCGCCGCAGCGGCGUGCCCCCCGUCCGCCGAAGUCACGCAACCGACCCACCGCGGCCAGCAGACCGCGCCGUCCGCGUCGCCCCGAGUCCGCCCCCCCACCCCCCCCGUGCGCCCCGCGUUAGCACCGCCGCAAGUAGCCCCGCCGAGGUCCGCGAAAGCCCGGCGCCCGAGCCCCCCCCCCCCCCGCCGGUUCGUGAACUUGCCUCACUAACGCCAGUAGCGGCCGCAGACGUCGCGUACAAACCGCCCAACCCGCCGCAGCGGCGCGGCCGUACGCGGCCCCUACAUUGCGAAGGGGGGCGGAUCGCCGCCGCCGCCGCGCCGCGUACGCAGCGCGCGUCGUCGUGCGAGCUAGUCCGGUCGUGGGGCGUGUCUGCUCGCGUUGCCGUGGCGCGCGAGCCCCUCCGCCGUGCCGGCGCGCGUCGGCGCGCCUACCAACGUCCACGCCGCCACGCCGGGCUUCUCGGCCGGUCCACGCCGCUCGUGAACCGCGGCCAGUGCCCUGCGCCCAGCCCGCGCGAGAGCCGAGACAGCCCGUCGUCCGAAGCCCUGCGUCGAUGUUCCCGUGCGGCGAAGCGCCCACCGCGCGCGCCCGUGCCCGAGCGCAGCGGAGGAGUACGAGGCGGGGCCCGCCCGGCGGUACGCGCGUCGCACACGUCGUGCCGUGGCCGCCCACCAGAGAAGGCCACGUCGCGUGGCCACCCACCCGCGACCGCAAGCAAGCGCCAAGUCACCAGCCGGGCGCGAGGCCGCGCCGCGUCUAACGUGCCCCCGCCGUUCGGGCGCGCCACUCGCGCCGCUAGCGCCACCGAUCAGAGGCCCGUGCACACCGCCUCGCCGUCCCGGCGGCGUCGUCCGCGGCCCCAGUCUCCCAGUUGCAGUCCGCAGUGCGUAGACCGCGGCUACGUGGCCCGAACCGCCUCGCCAGCCACCGCCCGCCCGCCCCGUUUUCGCCGUCCGUCCCCGAUACGUCGUACCCCCAACCGCCGACACCGUGCGGGACCAGGCCCCGCCGUGGCAGCAGGCACACCGCAGAGGCCGGCCGGAGCCGGCAGCGUGGCCGAGACCCCCGUGGCGUCGACGUGUAGCACGUUCAGCAGGGCGAGCGUGGGGCAAGCCGCGCGGGACUAUCAACCUCGACCCAAUCCGGCGCGCACCGAGUGCCGCACCGUCCCCGCCGAAGCCCGGCCCUCCUCGACGUCAGGGCUCUCGCGUCCGUGGACCGCCGCCGCGAGCGGCACCCCGCCCGCGCGUCGUCACGCGUCCGUCGCCGGGCUCGUGCCCGUGCCGCCCGUAACCCCCCCUCCGUUCCGCGCCCAGCCCCGUCGCGUCCGCGCCCCCGUGCCCCGCCGCCGCGCCGGCGCGCCGCGCGCCGCGCCGCUCGUGACUACGUCGCCUCCCGCACCCCCCCCCCCCACGCAGUGGGGACGUCCGCCGCCGCCGCCGCCCGCCGACGCCCGCUCGCCGCCCUCCCCCAAGCGCCGUCCGAGCGCCGUCUAG